AUGAGAUUGAGGGUAUUCGACUACGUUGGCGCGUCUAUCAUGUGUAACUCGAUGGUCAAUGACGAUACGAACACCGGCGACGUCAAGGCAUUCCAACGGCGAUCACGAACAACGCUCGCAAUGCCACCGAGGGUUCAGCUCUCGGCAUCUUGCGUCGCUCUACAGCCCAGCCGCCCAGAUCAUUCAAAUAGUAAAGGUUCGAAUCUCUAUGACGACCUAUUAAAGGACAACAAGCAUGCGGUGGAAAACCUACAAACAACUGUUGAUAUGCACUACCGUGUACAUCUGAGUAUGUUUGGGCACCUCGGCUUGUUGGCAACUUGUCGCAACAUCAGUAGUGAGGGUUCCCAAUUGCCGGAGAUGGCGUUGCUGUUGGAUAUCGCCUCCCCUCCUCUCCGCGCCCAUCCGCAGCGUCCACACACUCGUGGCGCAAGAUGUCCUCGGCCUGCUGAGAAAAAGUCUCACUAUUUCGCCGAGGUGCUGGAUCUUGAAUACAUGACGCCUCUGCGUUGGCAUGAACACGUCGAAUUGCACUGUCGAGUUGCUCAAACAGCUCGCGUCUCCAAUCAUAUCGGCAGUCACCAUAGGGACAUCUGUUUCAUUCAUCAUGGAGGAGGAGGACGCUUGCGUGAUAUACCCAAGACGGCCAAAGUCAAACAGCAACAAAAUUAUGUCUCUUCCAGAGACUGA